GUUUCUGCAUUCUCUGUUUGCCGCGCACUGACUGAUAAUAGAAGAAACGAAGAGCACACUUGACCAUCAAUUAAAAACCAGUUUACCUAUCUCUCCGCCGUUACAUGUGUAGCUCAAUCACCUACAUAUUUCCAAGCUCCAUCUUGUCUCCCGCGGCUGAGCCAUCCAGUCUCUCGUUACGCGCGCAACGGAGCGGUUUUCUUUUGCGAUAUGUCGUCCAGUUCAGAUUGCAGCAGCAAAGAUCCCAACAUAAUCUACGGUGGUCCUCUCCCAGCGACCUACAACCGAGGAUGUCGCUCGCUUGGGGAGCUUGUGGUACAAGAAUUGUCAAGGGAUCCGGGGAAAGUGGCCCUGAUUAACGGAGUCACAGGUCUGCAGCUUACCAAUGGAGGCAUUCUUCAGCAAUCGUUUUGCAUUGCGGACCAUCUGAGGGGACUUGGGGUGGGCAAAAAUGACGUAGUGGCGGUAGUUAGUGAAAAUCGAUUUGAAUACCCGAUCGCAAUCUGUGGAGCGUAUCUGUUGGGAGCCGCCGCAGCGCUGUUCAAUCCAGGGUACACCGAACGUGAGAUGGAGCACGCUAUCAGGCUGGCAAAACCAAAAGUCAUCUUCGUGUCAACACAAGCUAAUCUGAAGGUGCAAAAGGCAUGCAUAAAGAUUCGAAGACCUGUUAAGUUCGUACAUUUUGAUAACGGCUCUGGAGGGCGAUCAUGGCAUGAUUGUCUGGAAAACUCCGAACGUAGACAGUUUGCACUAAAUAAGUUAGUUCCGGAACCGGUGGACGUAGAGAAUCAUGUAGCGCUGAUUGUAAUGUCCUCCGGGACAACCGGAUUACCGAAAGGAGUGCAGAUUACUCAACGAAAUAUUAUGACGACAUGCUUUUUUAUGGAGACACUUCUGGAGAAAAUUGGUACAGAUCAAGAAGAGUUGAUUGCAGUUGAUAUUUUGCCUUGGUUCCAUGUGGCAGGAGGCGUCACGAUGAUGAACUGUUUGCUCAAUGGAAUGCGGUUGGUUUAUCUUUCGAAGUUCGUUCAAAGGACCUAUCUGGCAUGUAUAGAAAAAUAUCGACCAAAUACGUUGAACAUGGUUCCUCCAAUCGCCGUAUUUCUCGCCAAGAACGCCAUGGUGGAUGAAUAUGAUCUAUCGUCUGUCAAAACAAUCAUCAGCGGUGCAGCGCCUUUGAGUCGCGAAGUUGAGGAUUUGAUCCGAUCCCGUUUGAAGGUUUCUUCGGUGCGGCAAGCCUACGGUAUGAGUGAAACAACCCUGGCAAUCCUUGCCCAACUUGACGCUGAGAACAAACCCGGUAGCGUCGGUAAGAUCCGCGAAGGGCAGUGGGCUAAGGUAGUUGAUACGACCACUGGUCGAACAUUGGGUCCAUACCAGAAUGGUGAACUCUGGUUCAAGGGUACCCUAAUCAUGAAGGGAUACAUUGGACGAGAGGAAGCAAUCGACAAGGAUGGCUGGCUACAUACAGGAGAUAUUGGAUAUUAUGAUAGUGAACGCGACUUUUUCAUCGUUGAUCGACUGAAGGAGCUGAUCAAAUACAAAGCUUUCCAAGUACCUCCAGCUGAACUGGAAGCAGUUUUGUUAUCCCACCCAAAGGUGAAGGAUGCCGCAGUUAUCGGUGUACCGGAUGAGAAGGCUGGAGAAUUGCCCAUGGCUUUCGUCGUGGCUGCUGAUGGAGUACAAGUUAACGAGCGAGAAAUCAUAAAAUUUGUAAACGACCAAAUGUCAGUACAGAAGCACCUUCAUGGAGGCGUAAGAUUCAUCAAUGAAAUACCAAAAACUGCAAGUGGUAAGAUACUGCGACGAGCACUCCGGGAAAUGGCAAAGAAUAAGUGUAAAAUGUAACAUUUUCUAAAAUAUGUAUGCUUUGGUUUUAACAAGAAUUAAAUUUCAACUAAUUUGCAAAUGGA